AAAAAGAUAAACAGAGGAGAGACAGAGAGAGACUCUGACGUCACCCUGUCCUCGUGCCGCUGCCGGCUGUUGCCUCGCGCACACUCAUCCAUUAAUCCAUCGGUCAACACGUCGGUCAACUGGAGCGACGGCAACAGAGAAAGUUCAUGUUGUGACAUUUGACGCUUCGUCCUGAGCUGAGAGUCCAUCCAUCCAUCCAUCUGUCCAUCCGUCCAUCCAGCCGUCCAUCCGUCCCCAUGAGUAAUGAUAACCCUCCUCCGUACGUCCCUCCCGUCCCCGGUGGACCUUCAGCUCCCGGCUUCUCUUCAGCUUACAGCUCUCAGCCUGCGACCUUUCCUGGCUCACCGUACCAGACCUUCCCUCAGACCUACACAGGUGGAGGAGACCUCUCCUAUUACCAAGGACCGGCUGGACCCCAGGGGCCAUACCUGACUCAGCCUGGGUACCAGGGGUACCAGAGCGGCCCCUGGGAGGGCCCUAAAAUGUACGGAGAGCAGCCAAAACACACAGUGUUCGUGGUCGAUCAAAACUAUGACGACGGCGGCGCCGACGGAGCCGAAUCAUGUCUGGCAGGAUGUUCAGCUGCUCUGUGCUGCUGCUGCCUCUGGGACAUGUUGACCCAAAACUUCUGCUGACCUCUGACCUUCACCACCACUGAGCCUCUUCUUUCCCAUCAUGCACCAGGGCCACCAUGAUGACACCAACCUUUGACCUUUUGACCUUCAUUAUUUUAUCCUGUUAGACAUUUGUGUCAAGUUCGGUCAGAAUUAGUGAAUGAAUUCUUCAGUUAUGGACAAAAACACGUUUGUGAGGUCACAGUGACCUUGGCUUGUGUCCAAUCUGACGUUUGCGCCAAAUUGAAGAGAAAUCCCAUCAAAGCCGUCUUGAGUCACGGGAUUCAGAAGAAUGAGACAGACGUAAAGGCACAGUGACCUUUGACCUUCAAAUUCUAAUCAGCUCAUUGUUAAGUCCAAGUGGACAUUUGUGCCAAAUUUGAAGAAAUUCCCCUGAGGCAUUCUUCAGACAUCGUGUUGACAAGGAUGAGUCAGACGAGGUCACACUGACCUUUUUACCACUAAAGUCUAAUCAGUUCAUCGUUCAGUCCAAGUGGACGUUCAUGCCAAAUUUGAAAAAAAAAAACCCAAAAACCUUGAGGUGUUCUCGAGAGGUCAUGUUAGCGAGAAUGAAAUGGACGAGGUCACGGUGACCUUUAAAGAGAUAAUCACCAAAGUCUAAUCAGUUCAUCGUGGAGCCCCAGUGACAGUUUGUGCCAAAUUAAAAAAAAAUCCCUCGAGGUUUCUGAGAUGUCGUGUUCACAUGUUCUCAAGAAUGAGAUGGACAAAGUUACAGUGACCUUUGACCUUCAAAAUCUAAUCAGUUCAUCGUUGGCUCAAAGUGGACGUUUGUGCCAAAUUUGAAGAAUUUCUCCCGGGAUGUUGUUGACAUAUGAUGUUAAAGAGAACAGGACAGCGUUCUUACAUAGCGGCGGUGGCGGCUCAGAGUCUCACUGACAUUCAUGAUAAACGUUCCAGUGUUUGAGUCACAGACGCCGUCAGUUUCACUAAUGUGUUUCUCUGUUGUGUGUUUUUCCCCGACCUCCUGAUGAUGUCACACCCCUCUGCCAAUGAUGUGCCUGCACAUGGCGGGUCCUGAUCUCAGACCCUGAUGACAUCAUAAAACUAUUUUAAAUGAAUCAUUAAAUCUGUUUGAAUUUAGGCUAAAAACUUGUUUAUAAGUGUUUACA